AUGUUACGAGCUUCUCUUUCAAUAACCAGCCUAACACUUGGUUUUUCUGAUAUUUUAAUGGGCCAGGCGAUUCAUCAAUUCUGUGCUGCGAAAAAUAGGCAAAUACAGGAGUAUUCAAUCAAUGAACAAAAUAAUGCUCGACAAACCACGGAAAAUAAUCAACAAAUAAAUCCCAGCUCACCAAUUUCAAAUCAGCAGAUACAAACAACAACGAUUCAAGCGCCUUCCCUUUAUCAGAAUCCCAUUCACUCUCCACCUCCUCCUGAAGCACAAGCUCAAUUUGCCUACAUCUCUCCGCCAGAGCCGCCACCAGUUUAUAAAACGAACGAAGAGCGUCUGUCUUGGUUUACAGGGGCAGAAGCAAUAAUGAUGAUGCUGAACAUAGCUUUUGCAGCGACAUGCCUUUACUUUCUAACAGUGGGUCUCAAGAUCUGUAAGAAAUACGACUCAAAUGCCUAA